AGUUCAUUCGUGGAUAGAGAUGACCACGAGCAGAGUGAACUACAAAAGCAGACGCAAUAACUACACCUUGUUGCGGAACAAAAUGACGUAACAUCAGGAAAAAAUGACGUAAAAGAGAGUUGCCUUCUCUUCCGACGAAAACCGCAGCAGCACCCCGCGGACGCUGCCGCAAUGAACCAGCGGAAGAACCCCUUCGCGGGGGGCGGGCUCGGCGGCCGCGGACAGCACGGAGGUGCCAAACACGGGAGUCAGCAUGACGAAAACCAAAAUGACGAUGAGAAUCAAAACAACCCAGGAGACGGCAGUGGCUCAAACAAUUCCGGCAAUUUGCUGGCCGAAACGUUCUAUCAACUGCAAAAAUGUCUGGGUCUGGAAGGUUGCAACGUGUCAUGCUAAAUCUGAAUCAGGCAAAAUAAAAAACUGUGUUGCAUAAUUGCCAAAAGUUGUGCACUUUUGACCUAACCGAGAGGCAGUUUCUCAUGCAGAAUAGGCAUUAGAACGGUCUCGCGGAAUCUGUCAUGCUAUGUCCUACAUACCAGACGAGACCUCAUGGGUUAUGCGAAAUAUGCAUGACAAACCUGGUGGCAAUCUUCCAGACCCAGACAUAUUUGCAGUUCAUACCUUCUCCAUCGAAACUCGGUUCAAUGAGUUCUUCGACUCCCGCCCCGUCAUGCUGUCGAUGGCCUGUUUGACCGUAUUUGUCUUAUGGGGUGACGACCUUCGGUUGUACGCGUUUCCGAAAGAUUACGACCCGGUCUUCUACACCUUUUUCCUCAUGGCCUUUCUCAUUUUCUUUUUCGAGUUUAUGGGGAACACGAUCUGCAAGCCGGGUUACAAGGGCGGGUUCUUCUUCUGGCUGGAUUUGAUCGCGACAUUUAGUUUGCUGAUCGACAUUCCCUGGGUCCUGGCACUGAUCGAGAAGUUAAUCGCGAGUAGUUCCGGGCAGUCGGACGACGAAGAAUCGGGUGCAGCGUCGAUCUAUGCAUUGCAAAUGUGUCUGGGUCUGGAAUGGUGUGAACUUGUGAUGCGCAUUUCACAACACACACAAAUCUCUGAUGCGUAGGCAGCAAAAGAUGCCCACUUACUGUCACCAAAAUGGAGGAUUUGUCAUGCGGAUUCGGCAUUGCGGAAUCUUCUCGAAACCUGUGAUGCUAGGGCUUCCAUGCCAGAGCUUCUGUGUCAUGCAAACACAGCACGACAAAACUCUGCAGUCUUCCAGACCCAGACAUCCUUGCAUUUCAUACGAUCAACUCCACGGUCGCGACGGUGCGAACUGCCCGGGCGGUGCGGCUCGUGCGGUUGAUCCGGUUGGUGCGAGUGGUGAAGCUGUGGUCCAUGGUACGGAAGGCGAACGAGUUUUGGGAGUGUCAGGAUUGAAAUCGUCGAAUUUGAAAUACUAGUUUGUCAUGCAUAGAAUACAGCCCACAAAGUGCCUGUCUUGCAGAGUAGGCAAGUGAGGUAGAUCGUAAGCUUGUUGAGGGGUAGAAACUGAGCUGCUAAAGUAGGAUGACAAAAGGCGUCUUCCUUACCCAAACAGCAUGAGAGAAACUGGAUUUCGGCUCUACCCAAAUUUGUCAUGCGCCACUUGGAAAGUGGGUUACAACUUUCAUCCAUUUUAUGCAUAUACUUACAAACUUUGUCGGUUUCAAUCCUGACACAUCCAUACGAAUCCCAAACGGACGAGAUGCUGCAGCAGCAACAACGGAAUGCGCAGAACGCGAAGCAAGCGGCUCUGAAGCGGGUGGAGGCAAGUCGGUUGGGGAAGUUGUUGUCGGAGAUGACGACAAGACGGGUCGUCGUCAUGGUACUGAUGAUGCUCUUCGUCUUACCGUUUCUCGACCCGGCGGAUUUGGACAACUCCAAAGUGUUCGGUCUCUCGCUCCUGUUCUGGUUCGGCCGCAGCUGGUGCGACACGAAUCCAAGUGGUGCGACAUCUUCAGGUAGUUCCUCUUCCUCCUCCUCCGCGGCUUCUUCCAGUGACCACUACGGGUGUUCCGAGUUUCAAACGGAAAACUGGCUUUUUCUUGACGGGUGGCGGCUAUGACCUACUCAAACGUUACAAUCUCAAACGUUGCAAUAGAGUCUGGAAUUUGUUGUCUCGCAUAAUGAGCAUGACAGACUCGCAGACCAUUCCACUUUCUGCAACACAAAUUUCGGCAGAUUGUAGUCUGGUUUGGGACUCCGGAACUUGUCAUGCGCAGUCCUAUGAGACUUGGCUAGAUCAUGCACUUCUUGCAUGACAGAUUUGCAAGUUCUAUUGUAACGUUUGAGAUUGUAACGGUUGAGCAGGUCAUAGCGGCACCUGGUGUUUUCCUAUUCGCAGCUCAGCCGGGACCGCUAUGAAGUGCAAAUAUGUCUGGGUCUGGAUGAAAAGUGGAACUUGUAAUGCGUGUCUUGCAUUUCUGGAAAAUCUUCUGUGUUGCAUGUGUAGCAAAAGAGGAGCUUCCACCUUUGUCAUGCAAAAACGAGAUUUGUAAUGCGUGCUAGGCAUCAACCGGCGUCUGAAAAACUUGUCAUGCUUGGCUGCCAUUGCAUUUGCAAGCGCCUCCGUGAACAUGCGCGACUCAGCAUCACAGGUUUCCAGACCGAGACAAAUUUGCAUUUCAUAACCGGUACGCAAGCACGACUGCGGACCACCUGAAACUGACCGAACCGCUGCUGUGGUAUGCAUUGCAAAUAUGUCUGGGACUGGAAGGUUGCAACUUGUGAUGCUGUCCUCACAUUCCAAAAGGAUUGGUAGUGCAGGAGCAGCAAGAGAAGUCCAGUUUGUGCUACGUGGGGAAGGCAUUUCUCAUGCGGAAUUUUAGAAAUCUGUGAUGCUAGAUCAUGCAUUACAAGCAUCGCCGGUCAUGCGAAGUAUGCAUGACAAACGUGGCAAUCUUCCAGACCCAGACAUAUUUGCAUUUGAUAUGUGGCUGCGGGUCCCCAAUUGGGCGGACGGGGGGAAGAUGAGCGACAUCGCGUCGGUAUCAAUUGCAAAAAUGUGGUCUGGGUCUGGAAGAGUCAUGCUGCUUUUGCAUGACACAGAAGGCCUGCCAUGGAAGUUCUAGGAUCACAGGUUUCGAGAAGCUUCCGCAAAAAUGCCGAAUCCGCAUGACAAAUCCCCCAUUCUGGUGACAGAAAGUGGCCAGCUUUUGCUGCCUGUGCAUGAAAGAUUUUUAUGGGUUGUAAAAUGCGCAUCACAAGUUUGCAUUCUUCCGGACCCAGACACUUUUGCAUUUGAUAGUCGGUGGUAACGGACAAGGGCUCGUGGUACGAAAACGCGUUCUGCGGCCGGCUGUUUCUGGUCACGAACGGGGACCACUGUCCGCAUCGGGAGGACGAACUCGAGGAUGUGAUUUACAUUCCCCCAAACACGGAGCAGAUGAUCAUCGCAGUGGCCCGGUUUGACCGGUCGGAGUUUUCGCGGGAACAAGCAGCGGUCUCCAUGCUGCAAACGUGUUUCGUGUGCAUUCUCCUCGGUACGAUGUCGAUUCAGUUUCAGAACGACACGCAGUCACUCGUGAUUCGGCCGAUCGAAAAGAUGGUAAAUAUCAUCAAGCAACUAGCGGAGGACCCGCUAGAGCCACCGAAUCUUGACGAAGACGGAGAGGAGAAUGGGAACGGCAGUGCAAGUUCUAUGGGCGGCGGUGGUGGCGGCUCUGGUGGGGGAGCAGGGGGGAAUAGCGGUGAUGGGAAAAAUAUCGUGUGCAAAAGUAUCGCAUUCGUAUUGCAGUCGUGCAUUAUAAAUCUUUUUCUUAAAGGUAAAUCCGCAUAUCAAAUUCCAUUACUCAUGCUGAGGAAAUUUGUAAUGCAUUCAUACGAGUACGAUACUUUUGCAGUUCAUAAAAGAGAAGAAGAAGAAAAAUAAGGGGCCACAGCUGGAAACCACGAUGCUUGAGAACACCAUUUUGAAAAUCGGCGGAUUGUUGCAGGUACAGAAGUUCUUACGUUUUUGAAGAUGUCUGCACGCAUGAUUGGCGCAAGGAGGUGAUCACGAUCAGUACCUAGACCCGUAAAGAGAGCAUGCGCAUGAAAAUGAUCCCUCCCCAAGUAGUUCCUGCUUCUUUCUUUCGAGAGCCGCUAUAGAAAUCACCUCGAAAUUUUACUUUACUUAGGUUGGUUUCGGCGAGGCCGGUGCACAGAUCAUCGGGAAGAACAUGUCAUCCGGCGACGGCGAGCUGAAUAUCAUGAUGCCGGGGUCGAAAGUGGAGUCCAUUUUUGGUUUCGUGGAUAUCCGGCAGUUCACCGACACGACAGAGUGUUUGGAGGAAGACGUCAUGGUGUUUGUCAACUCCAUAUCAAAUGUAAAAAUGUCUGGGUCUGGAGGAAUGCCACUUGUUAUGCUGCAUUUGGAUUCCAGAAAAAUCUGUAUUGCAUGAGUACCAAAAGGAAUGUAAUUUUUGCUACACGGAGAGGGCAUAUGUCAUGCGCAAUAGGCAUCAAGAAGCUCUGAAAAAAUCUGUGAUGCUAGGGCAUGCAUCACAGACAUCAGGGCUCAUGCAAAACGUGCAUGACAAGUGUCAGAAUGUUCCAGAUCCAGACAUUUUUACAGUUGAUACUCCAUCGGCUACAUUGUGCACAAGUGCGUCCACCGCUGGUCUGGGGUGGCGAACAAAAACAUCGUACUCAGACGAAAAGAUCUCCCCUCCCCAUACUGAAAGCGCAUCCGUGUGAAAAUCUGUGAUGCAGAUCUGUGGCCACAAAUCCUGUCUGUCUUGCAAGAAGGCAAACCCAGAGAGUCCGCCGCAUUAUGCAGGCGGUUUGUGAUGCUGGUCGGCUUACAGCGUCGACAUCUGUCAUGCCAGUCUCCUACAUCAAAACCUUGCGACUCCGGCUUGGCAUAUGCCUGCAGUCCUCUCCUGCAAGACAAAUUUGUGUACGGAAAUGCAGCAUGAGAAACUUCGUUUUGAUAUCGGGAGGGGGGAUUUUUCCUUUUGGUACAUCGGGGACGCCUUCCUCGUGCUGUGGAAGAUUCCGGACCGGAACAGUUUCGGGUCAAAUGGAGGGAGUAGUGGUGGGCUGUUCGGGUCCCACGGCUCGGCGGGGAGCAGCCAGCUGCAGGUAGCCGACAUUGCGGACCGGAGUUUGGUAACCACUGCAAAAGUAUCGUACUCGUAGAACCUAAUCCCAACACUGUGUGCUGCUGACAAUAUUAUGUCCUCCCUACUGAAUCCAGAUCAGCAUCACAAAUUCUUCUAUUAGUAUUUACAUUGCUUGACUUCCGGGUUCUGGUACGGCAUACCCCCGGCGAGAGGUGACCUUGACAGGUGACCUCGACAGGUGACCGUGACAGGUGACCUCGACAGGUGACCUUGACAGGUGACCUUGACAGGUGACCUCGACAGGUGACCCGGACAGGUGGCCACGACAGGCGACGACGACAGGCGAAGCGAGAGGUGAAACGAGAGGCGACGCGACAGGCGAGGAAAGAGGAUAAAUCACAGCUGAGGCCAACACCUACGCGCGUUUCGUUCUUGACGUGAAAAGCAAAUAUUUGCGACGCAGAAAAUGAAAAAGAUAAAAGGGCAAAGACACAAAGAACUGGCCCCACACACAAAGACGUUUCUGCGUCGCCAUGAAAAAAUAAAAAAGCGCUUACUUCUGCAACCAAUGCACGCCCGGGAGACCGUCUCCCGGAGACGGCUGCUUACUUCGCCUCCGGAAUCGGGAAUGAGUUGCGCAUCAAUAUUAGAGAACUUCUCUUCAGCAGCCGGGCAGAGAUAUCGCCUUUGCUUCUAUUUCAUUUUUGUCUUGCAAAAUGCAGGCACCUAAUUCAUCCUUUUGUUUUGCCAAUAGCGCACUAAGCCACCAUGCGCGCGCCUGGUGUGAGGCGAGGGGCGGACGCUGUCCGCCCCGAAGGCGAACACCCUUUCCCCACUAGCGCCACUAGGGACGGGCACAAGGCCCCAGCGUGGGGACCCUGUCCCCACGCGUGGGUCUUGUUUUUCAUGCUGCGCAAAUUUGUCAUUCGGUGCUGGCUACUAGAACUAUCCAGUGCGACACUUUUGCAAAAAUGCAUAUUUGUUCGCGUUUCUCAAAAUCAUCGCUGAGGCAAAGCGGUCCGAGCGCAUCAAGUCCUUCGCGAGUCACCCCCGGAUCAUCCAGAAAUUUGGCAAAAACUGUAUAACCUGCUCAGGUGUUACAAUCUCAAGCGUUACAAUAGAAUAUGGAAAUCUGUCAUGCAAGAAAUGCAUUAUCUACUUAGCCAACUCUCGCAGGAUUGCGCAUGACAAGUUCUGGAGUCCCAAACCGCGCUGCAAUUAUCUGGCGUAGUUUGUAUUGCGGAAAGUGGAACGCUGUCCGAGUCUGUCAUGCUCAUUGUGCAAUACAAAACCCGGACUGUAUUGCAACGUUUGAGAUUGCAACGUUUGAGCAGGUCAUAAACUGCGAGGUCUGCCGGUUUGGGCUUGGGCUGCACGUCGGGUGGGCGAUCGAAGGUCCAAUAUCCUGUGUAAAAACGCCCUUACCCCAAAGUUAAGUUGGGAAUUUGGCAAGACAAGUCGACCAUCUUUGGGACUCACGCAUAGCAAGUUCUUUGGCUUCUACGCAGUGCAGUCGUGCCUAGCUAGGUCAAACGCAUCACAGAUCCAGUCUGGCACCCUGAUUAGCGCAUGACAGGUUUUUCCCAGAUGCCACUAGGUAAUGCCUCUCAUAGAGUGAGCGGCAUGACACACAUUCUGAGCAUGCAGAUCUGCAUGACAGCUAUUGGGUGGGGAAGUUUCUCCUCAGGGUAUCCAAUCGGCAGUGACUACAAAAUCGACGCGAGUUACCUGAGUCCGCACGUGAAUAUCACGAUGUCGCUGGAGGCCUGGACGAAGAUUUACCUGGUGAAUCUGCUCCUGUCCGAGCCACUGUACCUCUUCCUGUCGCUGAAGGCCAAACAACGGUGUCGGAAGAUCGACAUGGUGAGCAUUUCGACGGACAUAUGCAAUGCAAAAGCAUCGUACUAGUACAAAUUGCAUUACAAAGUAGCCCACCAUUACAAAUUGAAUUUGUAAUGCUGAUUUACCCUGAGAAAGAGAUUUGUAAUGCAUAAAUGCAAUUAGAAUUACUACGAGUGCGAUACUUUUGCACAGGAUAGGACAAUGCUAGUAGCAACGCGACAGUGGUCUUGUCCACUUCUACUUCCGGAGCAGGAACGAGCUCGUCAGGUACCGGUGGCGGCGCCCAGGACGCGGGUGGCGAGGGCGGAAGUGGUCUUGCUGGAUCUGUUACGAGUCUCGGCGCAGGAGGAGCAAGUGCGGCUCCGACUAGAACCGCAUAUCACAGGAAAAAAGUGUUACAGUUACACAUCUCUUGGAACUUCUGCAUCACAAAUUUGCUCUGCAUGCCGAAGAAAACUUGUAAUGCGCAGACCAUAAGGGAAAACACGAAUGGAAUGAGGCUGGCAAUUGUUUCCUGCAUGACAGAGGUUGUCUGUCUUGCUUGUCUCGCAUGAGAGUGUGUAACUGUAACACUUUUUUCUCACGAUACCGCGGGCGCGCUGUUAAGUAGUUCCGGUUCGGUGUUACUGGCAUCUGGUGGCGCUGUAUCAAGUGCAAAUAUGUCUGGGUCUGGAAGGUUGGAACUUGUGAUGCUAACUUUGGACUCUAAAAAAAACUGUAUUGCAUGACCAGCAAGAGGAGUCUAGUUAUUUGCGCUACGCGGGGAGGGCGUUUGUCGUGCGGCGUAGGCAUCAGGAAGCCCUCUAGAAAUCUGUGAUGCUAGGUCGUGCAUUACAGACGUCCUGGGUCAUGCAAAACAUGCAUGACAAGUCUCAGAAUCUUCCAGACCCAGACAUAUUUGCAUUUGAUACGCUGGCGCGUCGCACGGGGCCGGGUCGUCAAGCACCAAUGGGAAGCCGUUUGGGCUGUACACCUUUCCCAUGGAUGUCACCAACUGCGUCGCCACCACGCCGUAUCAAUUUCUCGAGCAGCACCGGUCGCCGGGCGACGUGUGGAAACCGGAAUCAUUGUCCGAGAAUGUCUAUCAAAUGCAGCUCAAUAUGUCGGAGUCUGGAAGAAUGCAACCUGUGAUGCUAAGUUUGGAAUCUAAAAAAAUCUGUAAAUGCAUGAGCAGCAAUAAAAGGAGUCGACUUGUUUUUGCUACGCGGCGAGGGCGUUUCUCAUCAUGCGGGAUAGGCAUCAAGAAGAUGCCCGCAAAAAAUCUGUGAUGCUGCUGCAUACACCACAGACAUCAUGGGUGGUCAUGCAAGGUGUGCAUUUGACAAACCUUGCAUCCCUCUAGUGACCACAUUCAUAUUUGCAAAACUGCAUAAUGUCAACACGGAUGUUAUAGAGAUGCGCGACGGGGUGGAGUUUUUGUUCCUGAUCGACAAAGUAUGACAGUGCACAUAGCUGCCCCUCCCCCUCAUUCGUAUAGCAUGAACGGCAAUACAAGCAUCAGCAAGAGUGCCGGUUUUGCAUGACAGAUUUGCACCGGAGUAUAGUGCUAUUUGGGCUAGUGCCAGAACUUGUCAUGCAUAAUAGUGACAGGAGGGAAAGCGUGGAUUUGGUAGUUUGCAUGAGAAAUGAGAACGAGUGGGAGUUGUGCACUUUCAUACAAAGACGUGCAUCUGCUGCAGAAAAACGUUCCGGGUUUUGAUCCAGACCUGCUGCAAGUCAACUGCUCUACGCAGCUGGAGGUGAAAGCGAAACAGAGAAUAUGCAAACAAAAAAAGUGUUACAGUUACACAUUGUGUUGCGGCAAGCCCUGUCAUGCCGGAUAUGCACAAGAACACAAUUUCAUGAGUGUUUUCCCUUGUGAUCUCUGUCAUGCAAGGCAAGUUCGUCUUAGUGAGCCGAAGGCACUACAAAUGUGUAAACUGUAACACUUUUUUUGUGCGACAGCGCAAAGCGCUCAGCUACUACCUCGCGGGCGAUUGGCGCUUGGCCAGGGAGUAUUACGAGGAUUUGCUCGGGAAUAGUAAUUCCCAGUCAGGAACAACAGCAAAUAAGGGAAAAAAUAAUCCUGAUGGAGGUACUAGUGGUAAAAACACUUCUUCAGCAUCCCAAGCCGGUGGUGGAAUGAUGUCAGAUGGCGACCAAAAUAAACAAGCACCGGGAGUUGUAGAUUCUGAGAAUGAGGAUGCCAGUGACGCAAUCUCCAAGUCUACGCUUUCCAAUGUGACCGUGAGCACCGCCGGUACGCUUGGAACAACAACGACGACGACAACGGCGGCUUUGAAUCUAAAUCAAAACAACAAAAAAGACCACGACGGCGUAGGACCACGAACAAAUAGUAGUAGAAACAAGGGGGAGCAGCCGAACAAUAAUGCGAAAACCACGACUGGCACUGGGGUGGAUACCUGCGCUCAAGUGGUUUACGAGUACAUGAAAUCGUUCGAGUUCGUAUCUAGAUGGAGACCAGUUCAUCUCGCAUCCACUUGGUGUCAUUGUGUCAGUGCAAUAACCGUUGCGUUUGGCAUGAUGCGCUAAUGUCGGCUUCUCAGAUUCAGGAUCAGUAUCCAGUUACAUGCGGCACAGCUACACUGUUUGCUAUGACAUAUAGACCAUUAUGCGAGACGUCGCUUGAUUCGUGUUGAACUUGAAAGCUGGCAGGACUCCACGCAAGACGGCUAUGCGAUCGUGAGAAAACGGCGCCAGGCCUGACCCCAACAAAAGAAGGGCACUGGCAGCGGCUUCUCCCACAGGCUGGGCGCACUGUUCAUGGCCCCCCGCUUGCUUGGCUCGCCUCGCCUGACACUCACAAACGACACGUAGGACGACCCGGCUAUCGCGCACUUGCAUACACCUGCCAAAGCCCCCGCUAAAGAUUGCAGGCCACUGCCUCCGGGGGUGCUUGGGUUGGCUAAUUUGCCUCCUUGGCAGGUCGCGUCCUGAGGGGGCGGGCACACUGAUGCCGGUGUGCUGCCCCAAAGAGCCGAACCAGCGGCGCCACUUUUCUAAAAGUCGCGGCCCCGGGCCUCCGCGGAUUCUUGGGAUUCUUGGAAGAAACACGCACCCGCGGGACCCCUAAAAGGGGUUUUUUCCGGAACCCUUGUAGCAGUGGGGGAAGCUUCCAAAAGUAGUGCUUUUGGGUACCCCUCCCGGAGGGUCCUCGGAAAGGCUCGCGCAUCACGGAAAACCUUCCGUCUUAGAAGCCCCGGGCACAUAUUUCCA